UCUGUCCCCGCCAAGGUCGCGCUCACGAGCUCCGCAGCGCGUUCGUCAGCUUUUCCGUUUUACUCUUCGGGGCUCGACGUGGUCACAUCUGCGAGCCUUCCCUGCGCAGUGGCGGUGCGAACCGACCGAUUGCAGCUGCGGUCCGACGACGCGAGCCAUGCUCGAAAAGGAGUUCUGCACCACGCCCACGAUUCACGAGUACGAGUUCGCCCACUACAGGCACCGCCUCCACGGCACCGCCGCCGACGAGGACGGCUCCUCGACCGAACCAAAGCAUGGCCCGCAGCUGGUGGACCUGCGCGAUCGAGCCCUGCCGCUGGGACUCGAGCGACCGCCGCCGGCCUGUGGGACCGAGCAUCAGGACCAGGGAGGACGCUCGCACCAGGCUGCGUUCGCCACCGAGGGCAAGGCUUCGGCUGCGGUAGGCCAGGACCGUCGCCCGCGCCACGACACGGACUCCGAAGAACCGCUGGACUCCGCCUUCAGGGCGACGGGGCCCGCCGGCCGCAUCAGCCCCGCGGGCGUGGUCAUCGAGCCGUACUACCUGGGCGACUCGGUGACGCAGAUCUCGCCGACGACGUACUCCUUCUCCCGGAGGAGGCGGACAGUCUUGGGGGCGCCGCUGAGCGAAGCGGACCUGACCGCCGUGGCGCGCAGGUCGUCCUCGACUACCACGUUCAGCGAGGAGGACUUCCAGAUUAGCUACCACAAGGUACUGGACAGCUCGGCAGCCUCCUGGCUGGGCGAAGGCGAAGACGACGACGAGUUCGGCACCGCGCGGUCCCGGUACAGGCAGCGGCGCGACGCAGGCAGCGUCCCGUCGGUGGAGCUGCCCUCGAUCCGGGCGACCCACAAGAGCCAGUCGGAGCAGCUGGCCUCGCGAGGCAGCGGCGUCGAGGACGUGGCCGUCCAGCGACCGCGCAGCGAGGACCUCUCGGUGCACGUCCGCGAGACCCCGCGGGCCACCCUGGGCCACCUCGAGGCGUCCAUCGUCCGCGGCGCCCUAAAGCGCAUCUACCAGCCGUCCAGGACCGACUCGGACACAGACAGGCACGUCGGCUUCGGCUCGUCUCCUGCAGGCCUUCCGCAGACAACCCAAUCGUCGGUGAAGCCUUGCAGCGAGGACUGCGGCCCAGAAGCGGCUCCCAGUCCUCCGCCCCCGAGUGACUUGCCACCGGUGACGCCGCCUCCCCCGCGCAUGCCGCCCGUCGAAAAGCCGCCGCGAGGCAAUCAUCAUCAUCAGACGUCGGCAGGCCAAGGCGUGCCUCGCUCGCCGCCCGCCGUGAAGCUCGUAGAACCGGAAAGACCUUCCGAGGAGAAGCGGGAGUGGGGUAGUCCGACCCCGUCGGGCCUGCCCCAGGGCAAGGAGGCUGCGACGAGUCGGUCGCGCUCACGAUCGCCGAAGGUGACGAGAAUGUCUUCGUUCUUGCAAGCUAGGAACGUCCGACGCGGGCGGCCGCUCGGGUCCGGCAGGAAGACGUCGUCGCCGCGGCGGUCGAUCGCCACCGACGACGACGACGACGACGAGAUCACCGCCGCCGAGUACAGGCUCGCCGUCGUCAGCACCAAGCGGGCGACGCCGGUCGUGGCCGGCUCGGUGCGCAGCCAAGUCGACAAGGCGGUCCAGGUGCACAUACGCACGCUGGACAAGCGCCUCGUCGCGUGCAGCAUCCUCGCCGGAGUGCUGGCGGUGGCGCUCGUGGCGGUGGUGCUGUUCGCUCUGCUCGACAGCAGCCAUGCAAGACUUGGCUCAGCGCCAAAUUCAGGUCAAGAAAUCCACGACAUCACACGACGAAAUACGGAGUGAGCAGUUCGACGAUGACGUUUCCAUACAUAGGGCAGCGAUUUUCCAAGCCGAAUGGUCCAGCCACGACCCUGAAGAAGGAACUGAAGGGGACAGAUUUUGGGAGUGUGCCACAGACCAUUCCAAACGAAAGGCCGCCCAGCGUGAACAACGGAAGUCAACCAGAUCGGCGAGGGUCGCCGAGCGAACUGAACAUCGCUGCUUUCUUUUAGCCCUACGGCCUAAGGAACGACCUAGUCUCGUUUCGUUUAACGCCCGUGAGAUGAAACAGGCCAUUUAUUCACUAUCGCAAGACCAGAACUUGGCUCAGCUGUCACGGGCCGCGCCUUUCAUUUUAUUUUUUGCCGUUCUCUUCUUGCUACACACCGCACUCCCAGUGGCGGUAUUGCGCGUUCUGCAUUGGACGAGUUAGCGACGUCACAUGCCACAAAUGGUCGCAGGCGGCGCUUCUUACGUAGACGCGUUUGUGUGUGUGACAUUGACUCUCUGGAAGCGGGACUCCUACCAGAGAAUGGGCACGCGGGUCUCUGUUUGAAAUUUCAGUUUUUACGCCGUGCUACCGUUUGAUGCUUUACAGACACGACUUUACCGCGCAAUUCACGUGCCGAUAUCGUCUGUUUCCGAAGCUCAAAACCUAAUGAGGGUUUGCCUGAUUUGGGUGAUUUGGGUAGUUCAGUGAUGCAUCGAACACCUUGAGAAAUAAGACGUGCGACGAAAGGUGAAUCAAGUUUACUCCAACUGACACACUGGUAAUUCUAUCGGCGCCGCCUCUGUCAGUGUUUGUCAGUGCGCGCCGGUGUCACCCGCGCAAAUGGCGGACGCCGUGGCUGGUAUGUGAAUGGUCUUAAACGCUAGAAAUGGGGCUUGUUUGAGUUUCCGCAUAACAUAAUUAUGUUUUCUCGUAUAGUCAAAUUACAAUCCAAGAGCUAUCAUGCCUGUAGGUUGUGUGCAAGUCAUAGUUUACAAUUUUUCCACAUAUUUCAGCUAUAGAAAUUGAAUAAGUUCAGUAAAUUCCUUGCCUCACAUGGAGGGCCUGGGUAUGGGUGGUUCGAAAAUCUUUUUGUCAAAACGACAUCCAACGCCGGACGCAGACGCCAGACUUUCUGUGACAAGGGCUCCGUAACGCUAUCACAUUAAAAUGACGGUCGCUAUCAGUGGGAGGGGUUUCAAGGAAAAAUUAAAAUUUCAAGUUAAAAUGUGCACUGAGAGCCCAGAUUUUUUGCGUGUGACCAUAUCUAUCCUUCUACUCUGUUACAAAAUGAUAAACUGAGAACAUUCGAACAACCAUGCCAUGGCUCUUUUAAGUGUAUAUCAUCUAAGUAGGGUCUAACUUAUUUA